GGAUGAAGCGCUGAGCAGAGAGAUUUCAAACGAACGCCGGCCAGGACUCGAGUUGGGGAUAAACUUUUCAGAUUACACAGUAGAGACGAUAAACCACAAUACUAUAUAUUCAAUGUGCUAUGAACCUGCCCGCCGAUUUUCCUCAUGGAGAUGAGGACAUCUUCCACCAAUCGCUGACGAUGGGCCCCCUUGAAGGUGCCGCGGUGAUUCGGGAAAUGAUGCCGUAUGGCUCUCAGAUCUCUGCUGCCCUGGCCAACCUUGUGCCCAUCGAUGCCCAUACUCGCGUCGACACCCUCCCGUCAAAACUUCAUGAAGUUCUGCUUGAGGCUGAUGCUGUGCUGAUCCGACUCGAACGGCAGGAGGGCCUGGGCCUCGGACUUGACAGUGCUGCCCCUGCCGAACGCCUGCUACUGCAGGCUGACCCAAGAAAAGCACGGUUACCUACGUCAGUGGCAUUUUGCAGACAAAACAACAUCAGCCUCUGUGGAUGUGUUUGCCCCGACGAUGUGGCCAAGGUUAGAGCUCAACUCAAGGUAAAGAACAGGGAGCGCAGAGAACGUGCAAUGCGGACGCUGCAGCUAGACCGCGCUGCCCAACAAGCUACUCGAGUUCGCCAUCAAGAGAUGGCCAGGGUCUGUUAGCAAGGCUGUUUGAUUGGGAUAUUUGGCUUGCCGUGGAUUUCGCAUUAAAGCACCAUCAUUUAUCUUGAAAGCACCCCACUUUAUUUUCAAUAAUUUUUUUUUUGCAAUCGCAACAUGUAGUAAAAUGACAUUUUCCAUUUUGAAAUUUUAAUAUUUUUCUGCCCGCGGAGGAAUUUUUCAAAUUCAAU